AGAUAACUAGUUAACUAACAAACUAACCUAACAAGUUAGUUCACUUUGUAUUAUCAACUGACUCAGCAAGACAGCCAGAUACUCGAGAUAAGGCGCUCAUUCCAGUCACCUAUUUCUGCACGGCCAGAACCGGUAUCGACAAUGGACAGCCCUCCGCAGCGUCUCAGGCGAGCUGCAAAUGCGUGUCAGAGGUGCCGAUCCCGCAAAGUAAAAUGCUCUGGAUCCCAUCCGUGCGAUAAAUGCCAGCACCGUAAUGUGGAGUGUGUUUUUGAAGACGACAAGAAGAUCCUGGUGUCAGAAGAGUUAUUCCAGUCGAUGAAACGGAGGCUGAGCGAGCUCGAAGCACAACCCCCGAUCAUUGACGGCGACAGCAGAAAGCGUGCGAGAUCAAGUCAUGAACAGAGCAUUGCCAGUACUAUUCAGGAGGGUCGAAGUCCAAAUACCCCCCGGGAACCGACGCCGGCCCAAACAAUCCACGCAUAUCAAACAGGCACCGUCACGGUGUUUGCAAAUAACGGUCGAGAUGAUGAUGACCGAUUUGUUUCGAACCCUCUUGUGUCGCCGUCUACGUAUGUGAAAAACGUAGGGCCCAGACAACGGACGUGGUUGCUUCUUGCUCCCACGUCAACCUGGUCUUUUAGCCGUCGCGUUCUCACUGCUAUCCGUGAGCGGGUGAGCCAGGAUAGUCCGAAGUCAGUCCCUGUCGCCCCGGACGGUGACGCGUAUCAGCUACAUUGGAGCCAUGCGAGCUCCGAGGAGCCUCCUGAUAUCAGUGGUCUACCCCCCAUAGACUAUGCGAUCUACAUGCUGAACACGGUCAAGUUUCAUCUCGGACAGCUGUAUCGUCUAUUCGACGAAGAGGAGUUCCUUCGCAAUCUCUACGAGUUUUACGACGAUGCCGCCGGAAAGGUCCAAGAAGCACGCUUGUGGUAUAUCCAAUAUCUGCUGAUCUUGGCCUUUGGGGAGGCGUUCUUGACACCGGUCAGGACAACCGGGAAUGAACAUGUCUGGUCCAGGUAUUUUACGAGAGCCAUGUCCAUGCUGCCGGACAUCACGGGUCUCUGGCAGGAUCCGGUUCUGGCGAUCGAGGUUCUGUCUUUGAUCGCGCUGUACUUUCACUCGGUAGAUAUGAGAGAUUCCGCAUACUGCUAUAUCGGACACGCAAUGCGCAUGGCUCUCGUGGAAGGCUACCACCGGGCCCUUCCGGUUGAGCAGCUGGGCGAGAAACUGGUCGAACGGGGAAGCAACAUCUGGUGGACCGUAUACAUUUUGGAUCGCAAGUUCUCAGCACUGAUCGGCUCUCCAAACUCCGUGAACGAUGAAGAUAUCACCGCUAUCCUGCGGGACCCGAGAACUUGUUCCCAGAGAACCGCGGCUCUGAGCCUCAAUGUCAAGAUAACACAGGUCACUUCUCGAGUUCUCAGUACGGUGUACAGCGUGGAUGGAACCCUUGGCGGAGAAUUCCUGAAGAGAGUGAGGUCUGUACUGCAUGAGGUCGCAGAUCUUUCGCGGGAGUUGCAGGACGUCUUUGCGCAUCGUUUCAAGAGCUCAGUGGAUGCUCUAUCCGGGGUCAUAACACGGCUGACUCUAUCUUGUCAUGCGUGCAUCAUUGUCACGGUCCGACCGCUCAUAUUGAGUCUAUUAUGGGAGAAAAUAAAUUGCUUUGAAGCCGGCGACACACCUAGAACCCUAUCUCCUCCAGUUCAGACUCUGAUGCAGUCCUGUAUCGACUCUGCAAGCAAGUCGCUGCGGAUUCUGAUAGCUCUACGAGACCAGAAUCUUCUCGAAACCUUCCUGCCGUUUGACCUAGAGAAUGCCUUCUCUGCAACUUUCAUCCUGGUCCUGCUAUCGAUCGUUCUCCCGGACUUACUUCUCGACCAGAGCUACAAGGACCUGGGCCUAAGCAUCCUGAACGAAAUGAUCUCCCGAGGCAACCGAGUAGCUCAGCUUCGAAAAUUAGAAGUCGAGCUCCUCGAGGAGUUUGCGCAGCCGCUGUAUGAACGCCACCCACGACGAGAGAUCCGACGACCAGACCCCCAUGAACAUGAAACUCAGGCGCAGCAUGUUGUCACUCCCACAAGCACGGAUGGUAGUAAUCUGGUUUCGACUGGGUUUCCGAACACUACUCGCGCGUAUAGUCUAGACGUAGAAGGUGCGGCGCACACCCUCGCUUCCGCGGCGGCAGUGCAAGCUACCACGCAGGAGGAUGACUUUAGCAUGUUUGACUGGAGGGACCUUGGGCUGUCAAUGAACCAUAUGCUAUCGGCUGCGGAUCAGUUGAAUGCGCAUAGUUUGGUGGACGCUGAUCCGGAUGGGAUCCGAGGAGAUCUUUGGCUUUGGAGCAGUAAAUGAGAUUAUGAUAUAGUUUUCAUAUUUCGCAAUUGAUGCAUACUGAUUUUUUU